CAGUGGAAAAGUGUCCCAUUCAGAAAUUGGCACUCGCCAAUGAUACAUCGCUUAGAAGUUUUGAAAUUUAGGGUAGAAAUGUGACUUGAGUUUGAAAUCUGUUACACCAACUCUGUGCGCUGUGCCAUAUUAUAAGCGAAUUAGUUACACGCGAAAUGUAUCUAAAGUCAUUAGUAGUUAGUUUAGUAUUAAGUGCGUUUGCAGUAAUCGACUCUGCUGCGGCUGACCACGAUGGAGCUGUGGCUAAGGUUUGCCCCAAACUGUGCACAUGUGAUAUAGUCGAAGGACUAAAACGUGCAGAUUGCAGCCAUGAGAACCUUAUCAACCCAUACACGGACGUUCCGACCGGUGUGGAAAUACUUGACUUGAGUAUAAACAAGAUAUCAGCUAUUGAAGACGAUGAUUUCAAGGACUACACCAACCUGGUGAAGCUGUUUCUCUCCGAGAACUCAAUCCAAUCAAUUUCGCUUAACGCAUUCUCUACGAUGAAAAACCUGGAGAUUCUGGACCUGUCGCACAAUCGACUGCAGCGACUACACGAAAAUAUGUUCGAGUACAAUGAAAAGCUCGUAGAUCUCAACCUAUCGAAUAAUAACUUCAUGACUCUGUAUAAUCAACCUCUGCUGAUCAGUUCAUCCAUCAUGCACCUCGAUCUCAGCGAUUGCAAAAUUCCCCAACUCUACGAACGAACGUUUGCCGGGCUGCCCGCGUUACGUACGCUAGAACUCGCCAACAACGUAAUGAUCACGUUGGCGAAAGAUCCGCUGAGUCAGCUGAAGAACCUGCGCGUGCUGAACCUGCACGACAACCAGUGGAAGUGCGACAGCGAAUCCGUACGAGCAACCGUCAACUGGCUGCGAAAGCGAGUUUCCUCCCUCCAAAUUGAGCAGUGCUUUCUAUCCCCCUUCAAGUCCAAGUCCAUGUUCGAGAAAAUGGAACUCGAUCCUCGCCAACAGGUGCCGCGCCAGGAGGUCUCCAUCGAUCAGGUUUGGGGUGGUAGCUCGACGACCGAAAAGUACUGGAACUCGCUCCAGGACAAGACCUGCUCGUACAACGAUGCCCAGCGCGAUCCGGAACGCAAGCAAACUUGCGAGGACUUUAUCGAGUGCCAGAAACGGUUCAGCGAACUCUACCACGCGUUCCUGGCCAAGGUUGACCAGCAAGGACAGGCGAACAAGUUCAAUCACCAGCUGGCCGUAACUCUGCUGACCUGUGGUGUUUUCAUCGGUGUCCUGUUCGGUUCGUUCUUCACGUAUUCCCUACUGUAUCUGGCCAGAAAGUGUCGCAAAUCCGGCGAUGAGCGACGUCCUUCAGCUACCAUGCGCCAGAUGAGACGUGAGUUUCGCGAGCGAAACAACUUUGAACAUUCCCGCCUAAACGAGUCCCCACCCCCGGACCAACUCAGCCGAAGAACCACCACCAACCUCACCCCCCAAGAACUGUCCCAAAUCUACCGCAACCACGAGCACACCCGCCAAUUCCUCGUCGAUCUCUUCUCCAAGCGUCAACCCCGCUACGUCCGCAACAACUCCCAGCUCGCGAAUCUCCAAAACCGCUAUCUCCCGCCAACACCCACCCGAAACGAACCGGGCUCACCCGUAGCCCGCACCAGCUCCAGCUUCAUCUGGCAGUCCGCGCCGAACCGCGACAACCGAACCAACGAAGAACUCGAGCGAAUGCUCACAGCAGCCGCCGGAAGCCACCAGUCGUCCAACCUGUCCGUCUGGAACAACUACUACGGCAUCGAUGAAGCGCAGGCAGCGCGGUCCGCGUCCGAACCAGCCGCCCUGUACGAGGUGGUGCCCAUCGGAACGUCCACGACGCCGCCCCCCGUGCUGCAGCGGAGCAUUUCGAUGAGGCGCGAAACGCCACCGCCCCCCUACGUGGACUGUGCCAGGUCCAUCGGGGCGGGUUCGACGACGGCGGAAACGGUGGAUGGCGUGGCGGCUCCAGGGAGCGAGUCCUAGCGCGAGAGUGGGGUUCGUCGCUGGCGGUUAGGAGUGAAGCCGUAUGGGGUUUAACAUUUGUUAUGUAUUUUAAAUUAUUCUGGCAUAAAUUAUUAUUCAAUACA